GCAACUAGUCCCGGGGCGACCCCGGCCCCGACCCCGGCCCCGGCCCCGCACGACGCGCCCCGCCGCCCCGCCCGUGCCGCCCGCACCCCGCGCCCGCCGCCGCGGAGGGACCCGCACGGCGCGGCCCGAGCCCGGGGCGUGGGAGCCACUGUGCCCGCUGCGCGCCCGGCCGUCCACGCGCGGCCAGCGGGGCCCCCGAGGCCGCCGCCCGCCAUGCUGCUCUCCAAGUUCGGCUCGCUGGCGCACCUGUGCGGGCCCGGCGGCGUGGAGCACCUGCCGGUGAAGCUGUUGCAGCCAGCCCGGGCCGACAGGGAGAGCUUCGAGAAGCUGUACCAGCUGGGCGCCGUGCUGGGCAGCGGCGGCUUCGGCACGGUCUACGCGGGCAGCCGCCUGGCCGACGGGCUCCCGGUGGCCGUGAAGCACGUGCUAAAGGAGCGGGUGACCGAGUGGGGCAGCCUCGGCGGCACGGCGGUGCCCCUGGAGGUGGUGCUGCUGCGCAAGGUGGGCGCGGCGGGCGGCGCGCGCGGCGUCAUCCGCCUGCUGGACUGGUUCGAGCGGCCCGACGGCUUCCUGCUGGUGCUGGAGCGGCCCGAGCCCGCGCAGGACCUGUUCGACUUCAUCACGGAGCGCGGCGCGCUGGCCGAGCCGCUGGCACGCCGCUUCUUCGCGCAGGUGCUGGCCGCCGUGCGCCACUGCCACGCGUGCGGCGUGCUGCACCGCGACAUCAAGGACGAGAACCUGCUGGUGGACCUGCGCGCCGGGCAGCUCAAGCUCAUUGACUUCGGCUCGGGCGCGCUUCUCAAGGACACGGUCUACACCGACUUCGACGGCACCCGCGUGUACAGCCCCCCCGAGUGGAUCCGCUGCCACCGCUACCACGGGCGCUCGGCCACCGUGUGGUCCCUGGGGGUGCUGCUCUACGACAUGGUCUGUGGGGACAUCCCCUUCGAGCAGGACGAGGAGAUCCUGCGUGGCCGCCUCUUCUUCCGCAGGCGCGUCUCGGCAGAGUGCCAGCAGCUCAUCGAAUGGUGCCUGUCGCUGCGGCCCUCGGAGCGGCCCACACUGGACCAGAUCGCCGCGCACCCCUGGAUGUUGGCGGCCGACGGGGGUGCCCCCGAGAGCUGCGACCUGCGGCUUGGCGCCCUGGAUGCCGACGACGGGGCCAGCACCAUGUCCAGCAGCGAGAGCUUGUGAGCGGGGCCCUGGGCCGGUGGGAGCCC